CUGCGCAUUUGCCCGGCUCCCGCUUCCGGGUGGCGAGAGCGCGAUGGGGCGGAAGGCUAGAGUUGCGGAGUAGCGGCAGCGAGUGGGCGUGUUCGCUGAGAGGCUGGCCCGAGGGCUGGGGUCCCGGGGUCUUUGGGAGUUGGCCGGAGGGCGCGCAAAGAGCCUGAGGUCGCCGCCCGCCGUCCCCAACCGGCAUGUCGGCUGAGGCCUCUGGCCCGGCGGCAGCCGAGGCCCCGUCCCUGGAAGACCCUAAGCCCUCGGGGCCAGAGCCUGGCUCUGCUGCCUACUGUCUGAAGCCCCUGAUCCCGAACGGGAAGUAUGUGAAGCUGAACGUGGGAGGCUCGCUGCACUACACCACGCUGCGCACCCUCACGGGACAGGACACCAUGCUCAAGGCCAUGUUCAGCGGCCGUGUGGAGGUGCUCACAGACGCCGGAGGUUGGGUGCUGAUUGACCGGAGCGGCCGUCACUUUGGUACGAUCCUCAACUACCUACGAGAUGGGUCAGUGCCACUGCCAGAGAGUACCAGAGAACUGGGGGAGCUGCUAGGCGAAGCCCACUACUACAUGGUACAGGGCCUGAUUGAGGACUGCCAGCUGGCACUGCAGCAAAAGAGGGAGAACCUGUCCCCGCUGUGCCUCAUCCCCACGGUGACAUCUCCCCGGGAGGAGCAGCAGCUCCUGGCCAGCACCUCCAAGCCCGUGGUGAAGCUGCUGCACAACCGCAGUAACAACAAGUACUCCUACACCAGCACUUCAGAUGACAACCUACUUAAGAACAUCGAGCUGUUUGACAAGCUGGCCCUGCGCUUCCACGGGCGGCUGCUCUUUCUCAAGGAUGUCCUGGGGGACGAGAUCUGCUGCUGGUCUUUCUACGGGCAGGGCCGCAAAAUCGCCGAGGUGUGCUGCACCUCCAUUGUGUAUGCCACGGAGAAGAAACAGACCAAGGUGGAAUUCCCAGAGGCCCGGAUCUUCGAGGAGACCCUGAACAUCCUGAUCUAUGAGACUCCCCGGGGUCCAGACCCGGCCCUCCUGGAGGCCACAGGGGGUGCAGCUGGAGGUGGUGGGGCAGGCCGAGGGGAAGAUGAAGAGAACCGAGAGCACCGGGUGAGGAGGAUCCACGUCCGGCGCCACAUUACCCAUGAUGAGCGUCCUCAUGGCCAACAAAUUGUCUUCAAGGACUGACUUUAGACUCUCCCCAUCCCUUCCUCCUGCUUGUGGGACCCAAUCCCCCUCUCUUUUUCUCCCCUCCAGACUUUUGCCACGGCUCUGCUGGCCAAGUCGUGGGUCUUCCUUCUGUCCCCCUCAUAGCAUGACUUACUGGGAACAAUACGGUACAUUCCAGUCCCUCCCCUCAGGCAGAUCUCUUCAAAAGGCCAUUCUCCCCUCCUAUUCAUGUCUUGUGAUCUUUCCUUCACCAGUUGGUUGAGAACAAUUUAGAAUUCCUUUCUCUUUUUUAGUACUCUGUACACAUCCAAGUGUGAGCUACCCUUAGUUAACAUCUACCACACUCUGAGCCACCUCCCACUUUGCACAGGUAGUUUGCCUCCUUCCUGCCCUCUCCAUUUUCCCUACCUCCUUAACUUUAUACUAGUCUGAUCUGGGUCCGUGCCAGCUCAGUUACCUUCUUCUUCUGUUUUGUAUUAUUUAUUAUUUUAACUUUCUAUUAAAUUAUUGAAAUAAAGAGUUUAGGGUCUGCUGCUGGCUCUCAGGGAGAGUGACAAGAAGAUGACUUGUGUCAGA